AACAACAAUUAAUGCAAGCCAGGUGGUCAGAUAUAAAAAUUGCUUAUGAGCAAGACAAGAAAAAUCCACUGAUCUUUCGCAGUCUACAUAAGUUAAAAGAUUUUUAUUUAUAUCCAGUAGGCCAAACAGCUAUGAAAGUUAAAGUUGCUGCACAAACCUUGAGCCGAACAGUGUCUGUAUAUUUAUAUAAUUUAGUGCAACAAAACAUUUUGCCACCACGAUCAUUAGCUACUGCAACCUUUAUUCAAGAAAUGGAUGAGUUAUUUGACAGCCUAAAUGCUUCAGCUAGAGUUGCACCUGAUGGCAAGCCGUUUAAAUGCAUCGUUUCCGAAGAAUCAGGCCACACUUCGUUUUGGGAAGAUGCAUUCAGAUACAUACCUUGAGAGCCACCACUGAACUGUGGAAAUUUCUAAAAACGCAAGGGGUCAAAACUUUGAAAACAAAAUGUAUAAAUCAGGAUGGACUUGAAAACCUUUUUGGAAAUAUUCGUGCAGGCUGUGGUUCUAAUGAAAAUCCUACUGUGACACAGUUUAUCGGGUCUCUGAAAACACAAAUUAUUAAUGGACUC